GCGAGUGGCGAACGGCAUGACGGGAGCUGUAGUCUUGGAGUUGUGAGGAGGGUGAGAAAGAAGCGGCGCAAAUGGCGGCGGCCUUCCCCAGAGCCCCGAAGAAGCCCGAUGAAGCCGGCAAGGCGACGGAAGCGGCCUCGCCGCUACAGUACAGCCUCUUGCUGGAGUACCUGGUGGGAGAAAAGCGAGGGCCGAGGCCGGAUUUCCCGCCGGGCGUCCUCGGGGGCUUCCCGGCGCCGGUCAAGAGCCCCGAGCAGAAGAUGGUCGAACGAGUCAUGGAGAGCUGCGGCUUCAAAGCGGCGCUGGCCUGUGUCGGCGGUUUCGUCCUGGGGGGUGCCUUUGGCGUCUUCACCGCUGGCAUCGAUACCAACGUGGGAUUUGACCCUAAGGAUCCCUACCGCACGCCGACAGCCAGAGAGGUCUUGAAAGAUAUGGGGCAACGGGGCAUGUCGUACGCCAAAAACUUUGCCAUUGUGGGUGCCAUGUUCUCCUGCACUGAAUGCCUGGUGGAAUCUACCAAUUCUAGAAUACAGCUCGCCUGUUUGGAACCCUCACCACAUCUCUGACAUCAUACAAUUGAACGUGUCCAGAAAUAUUUUACAAGAAGAAUUCUCCAUUCCUCUGUAAACAACAAAAUACCUUAUCCCACUAGACUUGAAAUCCUAGGCUUAGAAAACUUGGAACUCCGUCGCCUUCGACAAGACCUAAGUUUAACUCACAGAAUCAUCUAUUGUAAUGUCCUUCCUGUCAAAGACUACUUCAGCUUUAACUGCAAUAAUACAAGAGCAACCAAUAGAUUCAAACUUAAUGUCAACCGCUUUAAUCUAGAUUGCAGAAAAUAUGACUUCUGUAACAGAAUCAUCAGUGCUUGGAAUACUUUACCUGACUCUGUGGUCUCUUCCCAUAAUCCUAAAAGCUUUAACCAAAAACUUUCUACUAUUGACCUCACCCCAUUCCUAAGAGGACCAUAAGGGGCGUGCAUAAGCGCACAAAUGUGCCUACCGUUCCUGUCCUAUUGUUUUUCUUUUCUUCUUCCUAUAUACAUAUUGGCACUUAUACCUCCUAAUAUUUACUCAUAUAUAUGUUUAUAGACUAUAUAAUCCUUUUUAUAUGAUGAUGUGACAAAAAUAAAUAAAUAAAUAAAAUAAAAAAUAAAUAAAAUCGUGGCAACCAAAACUGGACGCAGUAUUCCAAGUGUGGCCUUACCGAGGCACGAUAAAAAAAUAAUAAAAUGUAAUAUAAAAAAAUAAAAGAAGUAUAAAAUACAAAAUAAAAAGGCCUUAUAAAAGGAACCCCGGAUCAGCCUUCCUGCCUUUUCCGUGGCAACCAUCCUCAAUUUAUUAGGUGAAUUAUUAUAACGGCCAAGUUGCAUAAUUAAAGUUCCCCGCGUGGUUUCCAUCCCUUAGAAGCUCAGAUGGUAAAUUUGAGCCCCUGCAGCUAUAGCCUCUCGAGAAGACGGAGGAGCAGAAUUCAAAACCGCUCCGAGUUUGAGCCCAGAUGGUUCAACGCUCAGGGUUGCUCUUGCCAUGGUUGAAGAAGCGCAGGGGGUCCCCGACUUACAACCGUUCAUUUAGUGACCUUUCAAAAGGACAACGGCGCUGGAAAAAAAAUGUGAUUCGUGACCAUGUUUUCACACAUGUGACACAUUUCGGCGUCCUCCCGGUCACGAGAAACAAAAUUCGGACUGACUUGAUAGCUGACUCGCAUUUAUGACGGUCGCAGUGUCUCCCGGGGUGUGUGUAUGUGUGUUACCUGAUCCUCUUUUGCGACCUUAGGAGCAAAAUCCAUGGGGAAGCCCGAUUCACUUAGCAACCGUGUGACUCGCUUAACAGCUGCAACGAUUCGCUUAACAACGGGGGGAAAAAAGGUCGUAAAAUGGGGCAGAACGAACGUUUCGCUCGGCAACACAAAUUUUGGGCUCCGUUGUGGUCGUUAGUCGACUCCCUGGAUUCACGCAGCCUGUUGGGUUCGUGUUAAAUCUUUUUCUUCCUUAAGGUGUGGUGCGAUCCCAUCCCACCCAUUUGUCCUGCGGAACCCUCUAACACAAGGGUGUCAAGCUCAAGGCCGGGGGGGGGGGGCUGGAUCCGGCCCAUGGGGGUGCUUAGAUCUAGCCUGCGGGGCUUCCCUGGAAGCAGCAACUUGCUUGCUCUCUUCCUUUCUUCCCUUCUUUUUCUUCCCUCUUUCCCUUUCUCCUUUCCUGCCCUUUCUCGGAUGCAAAAGGGGAAACUUUUCUC